AUGCCGGCGUCGAAUCUUUUCGCGGACAUGGAUCGCGGUAGUGGAUUAGGAGACGAUAGGGCCCUGCAGCUGGCCCUCGAGCUGUCCAUGCUGGGCUUCGAUCCGCUGAAUUCGGUGGCGGAGGCCGACAGUCCCGGCGAUCUCAACACGUUCGUCAAUCCGCUGGCCAACGUGGGCUUGGAGGAAGUCCGGUCGAAGAAGUCCCAGAACAUGACCGAGUGCGUCCCGGUUCCCAGUUCGGAGCAUGUGGCCGAAAUCGUGGGCAGACAAGGUUGCAAAAUCAAAGCUCUCCGCGCCAAGACGAACACUUACAUAAAGACCCCGGUCAGAGGCGAGGAACCAGUAUUCGUGGUGACUGGACGCAAGGAGGACGUCGCCAAAGCCAAAAGAGAAAUCCUAUCCGCCGCCGAACACUUCUCGCAGAUCAGAGCUUCCCGUAAAAACAACUUGGCCGGCUUGGGAUCUGGCGCUUCGACCCCUCCCGGUCCACCGGCCAAUAUUCCCGGACACGUUACCAUCCAAGUCAGAGUACCGUAUCGCGUGGUGGGCUUGGUAGUAGGACCCAAAGGUGCUACGAUCAAGAGAAUCCAACACCAGACUCACACGUAUAUCGUAACGCCCAGCCGCGACAAGGAGCCCGUUUUCGAAGUGACCGGAUUGCCCGAGAGCGUGGAAUCGGCGCGCCGAGAAAUCGAAGCCCACAUCGCCAUGCGUACAGGUAACGGCACCGCCAUCAACGGCUUACCCGGCUUGAAUAAUUUGGACGAGAACGAUCUGAUCGCUUCGUUGUACAAGUCCGGUCUGAGCUCUAUUCUCAACUACAUGGAGCCCUCGACGGAUACAUUUCCAGCGAUGACGUCGUCGACCGGCAGCAGCGGAGCCUUCUCCAGCUCGGGCUCGUGUUCGAGCAGCUCGUCGAGCAGCGGCGGAAGAGACUUGGGCGCGAUUUGGAGCUCCAACGAACGCGACGAAGGGCUAGGCGAUUCGCCCAGUUUCGAUACUUCCACGGCGUUGUCGAGCAUCUGGUCGUAUCCGACGGUGGCGGCUCCGUCGAGACCGUCGCCGGCCAACAGUACGAGUCCGGCGGAUUCGUUACUCAGCUCGGCUUCGAAAUGCUUGGUUUGCACCGAUGCCAAAGUAACGCACGCAUUGGUACCCUGCGGUCACAACUUCUUCUGCAUGGAUUGCGCAAAUAGAGUGUGCGAAGGUAGCGAAUCCCAAUGUCCGGUUUGUUCCCUUCCUGCUAUACAAGCGAUUCGCAUUUAUUCACCCAACCCUUAA